CUUCUGGUCUUGAAGCCUGCGACAAAUCUUUUUUUCUGGACGAGCGACGAGCAGGAAGAGGCACCCUUGAACACCUGAGCAUCGACACAACUCGCUAUGGCAGGUACGCAGAAGAAGACAGCCAAGGGACGUCUUGAUAAAUGGUACAAGCUCGCCAAGGAACAAGGCUAUCGCUCCAGAGCAGCCUUCAAGCUCAUCCAACUUGCCAAAAAGUACAACUUUCUCGAAAAGGCUAAAGUCGUGAUUGACUUGUGCGCUGCGCCCGGAGGUUGGUUGCAGGUGUGUUCGAAACAGUGUAAGCCAGGUGCGCUGCUUAUUGGUGUGGAUCUUGUUCCUAUCAAGCCGAUCCCAAAUGUCAUCACCUUUGCAGAGGACAUCAACAGCGACAAGUGCAGGGCUCAGCUGCGACAGCACAUGAAGACAUGGAAGGCAGACUGUGUCAUUCACGAUGGAGCACCUAAUGUCGGAACUGCCUGGAUUCAAGAUGCCUACUCACAGGCAGAGCUCGUGCUCAUGUCCCUUAAACUUGCCUGCGAGUUUCUCAUACCAGGCGGUACCUUUGUCACAAAAGUCUUUCGCUCGAAGGACUACAAUGCCCUCAUCUGGGUCCUCAAUCAGCUCUUCACCAAAGUCGAGGCUACCAAGCCACAAGCAUCGCGAAACGUAUCGGCAGAGAUUUUCGUCGUUUGUAUGGGCUUCAAAGCACCACAAAAGAUUGACCCAAAGCUGCUUGAUCCAAAAUCUGUCUUUGAGGAAUUGCCUGAUGUUGUACAAAACCAAGAAGCCAAGGUCUUCCACCCUGAACGCCGGAAACGUCAGCGUGAAGGUUACGAAGAGGGCAACUACACACAACACAACGAGAAGCCCAUUUCAGAAUUCAUCAACACGGCAGAACCCAUCCAGGUGCUCGGUCUGACACACGAAUUCACUUUUGAUACUGAAGAGGAUAAAUCGUACAAGAAGCUCGACAUUACCACCAAGGAGAUCAUGGCUUGUUGCAAAGAUCUACAGGUGCUCGGCAAGAAAGACUUUCGGGGCCUGCUCAAGUGGCGACUCGCUGUGCGUGAACGCAUGAACUUGAAUACAAAAGAGGAAGAAGCCGUUACAGAAGUGGAGCCAUUGGAUGAAGAUGCUCAAAUGGAUCAAGAGAUUGAACAGCUCGAAGGCACACAAAAGGCCAAGCAACGUCGUGAAAAGCGUCGGCAAAACGAGAAGCGACAGAAGGAGGUGGUACGCAUGCAGAUGGGUAUGACUGCUGCUAUGGAUAUCGGUGGUGAGCAAGCUGCUCAGGGCGAAGAUGCCAUGUUUGCACUCAAGGAUAUUGAGCGUAAAGGAGCGCUUGCCAAAGUGGCACUGGGUGAAGAGGCAGAAUUGCCUGAAUCGGAAUCGGAAAGUGAGGAGGAGAACUUGGACCUCGACGAUCAGCUGGAUCUCAUGUACGAUCAGUAUCGAGAGCGUCGUGCUGAGCGUGAUGCUAAGUUCAAGGCGAAGCGCGCACGUAUGGAGAAGGGCGACGAUGAGUGGACCGGUAUUGAUGACAAGAAGGCCGAUUCAGACGAUGAAGACGAGACAGUGGCGCCUGCUGAAGCAAGUGACUCUGACAGCGACUCUGAUGCUGAGAAUUUUGUUUUAUCAACAUCUCUGGAGAAGGACACAACGACGCCGGUGAAUGGCUUGACGAAACGUGCCUCACUCUUCUUCGACCAAGACUUGUUUGCCGAGCUUGGCGAUGAUGACGAGGACGAAGGUGAGCGUUCCAAGACUGUGUCUCCCGAGAACAAUGCUGCGACCACCGCAAAAGCUACCUCUACAAAAGCGCCAGCGAAAGCUAAGGCGAAGCCAAAGAAGAUCAAGGAUUCUGCCUUUGAAGAGGUCCCUCGUUCGCAACACAAGGAAGGUUCCGACUCUGACUCCGACGACGAGAUUGACAACCCGCGUGCUUUAGGCAAGUCUACCAUUGACAUUGUCACAGCGGAAGCCAUGACGCUUGCACAGCAGAUUGCCAGUCGCGAAAAGUCAACGACAGAUCUGAUUGAUGACGGCUUCAAUAGGCUGGCCUUUUACGACAAGGAUGGAGCGCCUGAGUGGUUCCUCGACGAUGAGAAUGUUCACAAUAAGCCAAACUUGCCGACGACGAAAGCAGCUGCUGACGCACUGCGUGAAAAGAUGCGUGCCGCCAACGCUCGACCCAUCAAGAAGAUCCUCGAGGCCAAGGGCAGGAAGAAGCAGCGUGCUUUGCGUACAUUGAGUAAGAUCAACCAAAAAGCCAAUGUCAUCAAUGAGACGGAAGACAUGACGGAGCGGCAAAAGGCACAAAGCAUUUCGCGAUUGUUGAACCGUGCAAGCAAGUCAAAGCCAAAGGCAAAAGUAUCUGUCGUGGUUGCUAGUGCCAAGACGCGUGGUGGCGGCCGACCAGGAGGCGUCAAGGGUAAGUACAAGAUGGUCGAUUCGCGGAUGAAGAAGGAGAAUCGUGCCCUCAAGCGAAUUGCCAAGGCGAGCAAGAAGCGUUGAGCUACAUAUUACAUGAUCUUUAGCGAAUGAAGCCCUUGCUCUUGGCAGUUCAUUAUGGUCUGCUUACCCGUCUGACGAGCUGCGACAGCUGUUAUGGUGAAUUACCCGAAUCAUUGCUUGCGCUUUCGUGCUCGGCGACGAGGGCUUU